AUGACUGAAUCAAAUUUUACUUCAAACCACCCACAAACCCCGACUUCUUCGCAUGAACAACUCCGUGGUAUUGACGAGGACCCAUCCGUCAUAAUUCCUGGCAGCAAGAAGAAACAGCCAUCGUCUCAGUCACGCCAGCUUCUCUCCUGCACCAAGUGUCGUGAGCGUAAAGUCAAGUGUGACCGUACAAAGCCUUGUUCGGCAUGCUGCGCCCGUGGACAGCCCAAGGAGUGCUUCUUCGUUGCCGAGGGCGGCGAUUAUGCGCCUAUCCAGCAGAGCUACGAAUUAAGAAAAUUGCGCAUUGAAAAUCAAAGACUGAAAGAACGACUGAAGGCGAGCAAAUCCAUGAGAAAGGGCGACGAUUCCGACGAUGCCAGUACACCACAUUCGCCGCACGCAUGUCCAGCCAACAAAGCGCAUAAGCGACGCCUGGCACGACAGAGACGUUUCCAGAACACAGAACCAGCAGACAGCCUUUAUUUUGGUAGUCCGGGACUUGCCAGUGCCAUCUCCGAAUUCGCCAACUCCAACACAUCACUCCCUGGUCAUUCUCUUGCCCAUGCCAUGCCACGUGGUGCCGAUAUGUACGCGCCGAGAGACCUACCUUUAUAUCCAUUCGCCACGCUAUUUUCCUGGUCCCUCGAGGAAUGCAUUCCGGAAUUACUUAGGUGCCUUCCACCUAAAGACGAGUUGUUUGGAUACCUUGACAGUUUCCAACGUCGAGCGCAAGUCUGUUGCUUUCCCCAUACGCCGGAAGAGACCGCAAAGACUGAAGUGGAGAGAUUUCUGUCCGAAUCUCGGAAAAAUGCCGACGGGUGCCCUGAAAUGCUAGCCCUCCUAUUUGCUGUUCUCGCACUGGGAUCGCAGCAUGGCGUGUGGGAUAACAAUGGAGGGAAGUGGGUCGUGGGCGCCGUUGAGAAGGAGUCUCAAAGAGGAAACCUUUAUAUCGCGGCCGCAAUGCAAGCCCUUCGAAUGGCUUCAUAUAUGAACAGACCCAAUCUUCUUAGUAUCCAAACAUUUAUCAUGGUUGGAUCUUAUCUCACAGACAGUGGCCGUUUUUUGGAUGCUUGGACGCUUUUCGGAACAACUGUCCGUCUCGCACAGUCAAUUGGCCUUCAUAGACAUCCAAAACAUCUUGAUGCACCGCCGUCUACCCAGAAAGAAUGCGCAUUGCGUCAAACGAUCUGGUGGUGGAUGCUGCAUCUAGAUCAACAUUAUUCUAUGACACUAGGACGACCUCUCGGAAUAAGUGCCAUAGGUGAUUGCCCUCCUCCCCAUGAACUUACCACUGAUACUACAUUUCUGAGGUUCGCCGAAUUCGUCUACCAGUUCACGUUACUCGCUCGGCAAGUGCUCAGUAGCGAUCGGUUGAACAACCACAAGAUCGACGAAUUUACCGACCUCUUCAGGUCUCUCCUUGAGACCAUGCCAGAACAAUUGCACUUCAAUGAGUCAUGGCUGGACGAGGGGACGGAGAUCCCGGAGUGGCCUCUCGGCCCGAUGGCAGCUGCCUUCUACUGCAAAACCCUCAAUUAUCUCAUCCUCCUCAACCGGCAGCGUCUCGAGAAACCAUUGCGGUUUCAAUCCACGAUGUCAGCAACAGCCAAACCGUCACUUCCGCCGUUCAACCCCGUCAAGGUCGCAUCUGCUCAACCUCCAAGAACUGCCUUGAGCGAUCCCGCACUGCGAGGUCGCGCCCUCGUGCUUUCUUGUUGUGAAGAUUUACUAACUACUUUCUUAUUCUACUAUUCUCGAGUGCCUGUUGCACUUAUCUCUUGGACGAUAGGCCAGCAGGCUUUCAACGCCUCCAUGAUUCUCAUACUUGACGCUCUAGAGAAUAGAGACCUUCGUCGGAUAUGGAAGGUUGAGAAGGCAUAUGUUGUGUUCACACAGCUAGACGAAAAUCGAGUGCACAGAUUGGCAAAACUUGCAGUGGAGAGGAUAAGUUGGGGCUUGGGGGAGCUCAAAAGGAUGCAAGAUGAUGCAGCGGCUGCAAUGGCAAGGCCUGUAGGCCAUACGCAGGGAGCUGAUGAAAGUGAGGCGAUUCCCUGCACAACGACGACUUUCGAUACCGUCAUGGGUAAUACGGGAAUGUUUUUACUCGAAGACCCUGGCCUCCAAGUAGUCGCUCCCGAGGACUUUUCACCUCUUGGGUGGACGAUGGCAGGGGAGAACCUAGAGGACUACAGUCAAUUCCGAAUCAAACAAGAAGAGGCGCAGAAGUUGGAAGAGCCUGGGAGAUGCAAGGUGGAAAGAUCGCCACAUGUGUCCGGCGAUGAAAUAUACCCUGCCCUGUUAACUCGAUCCUCGGAUCCGUUGCAGGGAACACAAGGUACGCCGGGAUCGGGUCAUACGCCCUCGAGAUACGCGACAUUUAGUACACAACCAUCACACGGCUCACCUGAGCAGGGUCAGCCACAGGGUCUCCAGGCUUCGACACCUCCCGCAACCGUGUCUGUCCCAAACAUGCGCCAUGAUGUGGGUGGCCCGCAAUCUUUCGUUCAACUCUCGCCAUAUCAUGCACGACACAGCUCUUACCCAUCUUUACAAUACCAACAACCUACUCAUCGCGGGCCUCCAUUAGGCACCGUGCCAGGCUCUGUCACAGGAAACUAUGUGCCACACCUGUCUGCUCGAUACUUGACGGGAAUGCGGCCUUCAUUGUCCCAAGCUCCUCCCCAACGCGUAAUCGAACAUCCUGAUGACAAAUUAACCUGGACAACCCGGCCUCCUUCCCUACCGUCAACUUCAAUCUCGGACCCAGCGCUCACAUUCACUUCUGCCCCGAGGCAGGAUCAUGCGUUUCAGGUUGAAGAUGCGCAAGCUUCAGAAAAUAGAACUCACUACGUGUUGUCAACAGCGGCCCACGAGUGCCAAUCGAGAGGAAUGACGGUUGGAGUGGACUACAAAUGGCCCAACAUCAACCCUGAACCAUGAGGCUUUUCUGCCUUUUUAGUACUAAUAUUUCUUUCGCAACUUAUGGAUUCACGAUUCCAGGUUUCUUAAAAUGGUAUUAGAGGUCAUGGUAUGGUUGGAUUGUAGCUAUCACAAAAAGACGUAGUAAAGCAUCCGACAUAAAUGUGGGACGAUACGAACGACGGCGUCUCAGUAAUGAGAGUAAUUGAGUCAAAUUCCAAACGAUAUAACAAUGGUGGGAUAAAAGGCCCAAACAACCAUCAAAUGAGUUUGACUAUACAAAUAAAAUGCCCUAAGAGCUCAUGACCUCAGGCUACACUCAUCCUCAUGCUUCCCAUACCUGGCAUCUAAACGUUUAGACCUGAGAUUAUGUUCUACCAAUCAUCUGAGCAUUUACAUUCCGUUUUGGCUGCAAAAUGAAACAUUAGUUUGCGUGGGUCGCGAGCAUAGGUUGGAAGGAGAAACAAGAUAGG